GAGGCGUUUAGUUAACCGAUUCGGGCGCUAAUCACAACUUGCUUGUAUUCCCGUGAUAAGUUCAGAGAUUUUAUAUGGUACCUCCUACUAAACGUAAGGCUUUUAAUGGACAGAAACUCAAACCAAUCAUAAAGUUGCUGCGUUCUCGUGAAUUAGGCACGAGUCAGUACAUUGGUACGGGUCAGAUACCAGAGUCUUCAUCUAAGUUCCCAUUCGUGUGGCAAAGACGCAGUCUGAAUCCUGGCCAUAGAAAUAAAAUCUUCGCUUGCCAGUGGAUUACCAAUAACCAUGUUGUCUAUGGUACAAAAUGUAACAAUUUAGUUGUAUAUGACUGCACCUCAAAUGAAAGCUUUAACAUUCCUUUGAUAAAAUCACCUACUCCGUAUGGAAAUUAUAUUCCUAAUGUAUCAAUAUUUUAGAUCCGCAAAUCAAAUUAACCCUUGUGCUUGUGGCAUUCAUUCCAUACAACUCAAUACAUCGAAAACUUUCAUUGCUACAGGGGGAGAUAAUGUCAAUCAUAUCGGAGUCUAUAGAUUGUCGGAAUUUUCUCCUCACUGUUUACUUUGCGAUUGCCAUAAUGAUUGGGUUUUUGAUUUACGUUGGUUGGAUGAUACCUGUUUGGCUUCAUGUUCGCGAGACUCAUCGUUAGCUUUAUGGCGGAUUCCAUCUUCUGAACAAAACCCUAACAAUGACAGUAGAAUAUACCGAAGUGCCGACGCCACUUCAGAUUCAUCUGUAUUCCAUAUCCGACGUCCUAUCGCGUACGCCAUGUCAUCUACACCUAAUGAUCGUUUUCGUGCUUUGGAGUAUCUUCCGACUCAGACAAGCCUUGCAGUUGUAUCAAUGUCGCGUCGCCUAUACUUAUAUGAUGCUGUUCGAAUGGGUUUGGAUAAACGGACACGUCCGAUUUACACCUUAGUUUUGAGAGAUGCUUAUCAGGAAGCUGUAGCUCUUCGACGUUGGCCAUCUGAACCUAAUUGCAUAGCGCUUGCAACUCAUCAUUGUGUACUUUUGUUUGACAUUCGAUGUUCUACAGUCAAGGUUGGAGCUGCAGCACGCUGUAUACUUCCCCCAUUAGAUGUAUCAGGUGUCCGAUCUUUAAACUUUGCUGGAUCAGUUCUGUCUUAUGGCACUUCCAGUGGUCAAGUUCACUUUUAUGACCUUAGAAGUGAUCAUCAUUUGCCAAUACAGUUGGACGUUGGGCCUGGUUGGUUGAAACCACAAACAUGUGACGAAUUCGAGGUACCGUCUUCUGUCUCUCCUUCAGUCGCCCCUGUUUCCAGACCGGUUUCACAACCUCAAGCAGUAGUUCCAAGUUCUUCUAACUGGAAUACACCUUCUCCACCACCUUCCCCUGCACAUCCAGCUCUUUUGACACGGUCUCUAAAUACUGUUCGUUCAUCACAACUUAGGGCUGAAGUUGUUAACAAUAUACGUGUUCGUUUAGACAGAAUCCAGCAUCGUUUGUCGAGUUUACGCAAUCGGCGUAGCAUGGCAGUGGCUGGAGCUUUAAACACCUAUCCAGUUGUUGAGGCAUCAGUGUCUGACAGGUCGAUUUAUGCUAAUCUUCGAAGUGAUACACAUCAACAGAAUGCCACUACAGAGGAUGGUAAUGAUUCUCCAUUGUCCGAAUCAUACUUCCCAGUUGAUGACCUCCAGUCAAACAUAAACAAUGAGACUACGACUGUGGGUUAUCCGGAUGGCAAUAAUCAAAGUUCAAGUGAAUCAAAUGAAAUUGAUACACCUUCUACACAUGUAGUAAUGCCUUUUGGUUUACCACGUUUACAAAUCCGUGAUCCACAUUUAGGACCUAUUUUUUUAGGAAUGAAUUAUUUUGGCAAUAUACAUUCUGAUUUUGUAUCUUUUCCUACAUUUUUCAACCAACGUCGAAUGUUGGCUGUUUAUACACAUGAAUAUGACCCUUCAGGUACACGUUUGUUCACAGCGGGUGGUCCAAUCGCUUCAACAUUUCAUGGGAAUGUCGCUGCCUUAUGGGAGUAAAGCUUGUAUUUUACUAGUACUACUAUUUGUUUUAUUUCACCAACAGUCUUUCUAUAUGUAUGCGUAUGCGUGUUCGCACAUAACUUACUGACCAUUAGAAAAUCCACUCACGUAAUGUAUUUACUUUUCUUGUUAUUGUCAAAAUCUUUUUCUUGUUUCUUCAGUGUUAAUGUAUCUAUUUGCUUAUUUUCUCCUUGACAUGCUCACUAUAUAUAUUCUUCACUAUCCUUAUCUACGUAGACUGUUUUAUCACUACUUGGAUGCUUUAUGUUGUUUAUACUGUAGCUCUACUGUUGUUCACUUCUGUGAUUUCAUUUCAGCAUCUUUUUUAUCUAUGUUCAGAAGUUAAUUUGUUGUUUAUACUUGUCCUAGGUUAAUAAUAGCUGAAUUGUUUAUAAUCAUAUUUGCAUUCAAAAUAAUUAUAACAUCUAUAGAUAAUUAUCAAGCAAAUUCAGAUACUCACUCAUUUAUGAUUACAUUUAAUGUUCGCACUACACGAACAUUUACUUUAUUUUCCAAGGCUUCCUUAUAUACAACAAAAUUUCUCUGUAUAGUCUGUACAUAUUACUUUCUGAUUAAUAACAAAUAAAUCGUAUUUUUCUCGCGUUCAUUUUGUAGUAUUUUUGUUUAUUUGCAAAUUGUUUUCCGUUGAAAUUCGGCUUUCAUCUUGGUUUGUGGUUGCUAUCUGUUAAUUUUAAUUCCCAUUUAUCCAUACAGUAAAGUUAGUCCUGAUUUUCGGAGGUGUUAUUAAUAAUUUAGGUUGUUGGCGUACACUUGAUUGAUUAUUUCUAGUUUUAAUUGGUGCAAUUACGUAAAAACGCUCCCGUACGCACCAUAUUUGUAGAAAUUGUACCUUACGGCUGGGGAAUGCAGUCGUCAAUUGUGAGUCGAUUCAAUACGGUACUGCGCAGUUUUAUGGACAGUAUGGGUCAGUAGAGGUUAUCAAUUGCUAAGGCGAUGGGCUUUAUUGGUCGUGAUAAUUAGAGGUUAUAUCACUCAUUUAUGAGUCACUAUUUGGUCAGGGUGGAGGAAUGCAAACACGGAUCAAACCUAAUCAAAAUCAAUCCAUUAAUCUGUUAUGAUUAAUGUAUAUUUACUAUUUAGGAACUAAAACGUGUCUGGGCUUGAUGGUUAAAGACGUUUAAUUAAACAUUAUAAAUUACAGUGCAGUAACACAAAUCGGUUCGUAGUUCCAAUCAUUGCAAAUUAAACAAAUUAUUGUCUUGAUUAUUUAUACUUGCCUUUUGUAGUUUGUUUACAAAUGAUUACUAAUUGAUUGUACUUGUACAAGACUGGUUCUAAAUAGAUUACCUCGAUUAUUUUGCCGAAUUCUGCAUUCUAGUUAGGUUAUAUUUAUGAGUUUUUAGGUGAAACAUUUUCUGCCGAUAUGAUAGUGUUUUGUCAAAGGUUCACUGUAAAACGUAUGAUUGGGAGAUGUUUGGUUUGUUAAACAUAUAUUACGCCUACACACUUCAUUUUAUUUAGCAAAAUAAAUUACUUCUGGGUAAUGAGUAGUCAC